AAGUACAUAAACCCACCCAGCUCAUCUUAUCUGGUAGCCUUUCAGCUAUAGAAAUCGCUAGAAAUGUACUUAUUGGGACUUGCAGUAUUAGUGGUACUUGUGAAAGUAUCCUUGCAGUUUGACUUGAACGACCCAAAGACCAAUCUGGAAUCCAUUAUACGAACAUCAUCUUCGCUCACCCCACAUGCUGAAGUAAUUAACUACAUCAAUGGAACCGUCUAUGGCCGAAAACCCGGACAGACAGUUACUAAACUGUUUUACUUAGAAGGUUACAAUAUUGGUCAAAAGUAUCCUACGAAAGAUGGCGAUUAUAUGUCUCUGUCUAGAGAGUUUUUGGUCUAUAGGGACAUUCACACCGGACACAUCUUGAACGUUUUCCAAAAUCCGUUAUCCGACGUUCCAAACGAAGUGUUUAAUAUUGCGAAUGAUCCUGUGAACGGAAUGUUUCAGCAGGGUGGGAUUGUACCCUUCAAGAUUUUUCCAAAUGACGUUGUGGUGUUUAAUUUGGAUUUCGUUCUAGAGUACCCUAAUGCUUUGGAUCCAGAUAAAUAUUCUAGAUAUUCGGCGGGGAAAUACUACAACGCUGUUGAACUUUUCUCUUAUUUUGCAAACUAUUCCGACCUUGCAACGACUAAACAACCAAACGUUGUCGCUGUGGAUACUUGGUCAAGGCAUUCGCAGUUUCUUCCAUGGUUGGAGAUGGGAUCAACGCCCGGUUCUCUAUUUUACUCGUCUCUAUCCUGGAAGUGCCCUUAUUUUUCUUGCUUGAGAGACGAUAUAAUGGAACUAAUUAAUUCAACCUAUCCUAAAUAUACGAAAGCGCCUAAAAAGUUUGAAGAACCGAACGAAACUUCGUGGACUCAGUUCAAAAAGGUUAUCGAUCAGCGACGGGCCCAGGGGAAACCUGACAUUCAGAUACCUUUGGUUAAUGUAACACAACCAAACCAACCUAUACAACCACAUGUAGACAUGAGAAUUCAGCAAGUUUUGAUGAACAAAACCGUAACUCUAUAUUAUAAUGGAUCGUCCUUUACGCAGAUAUACAGUAAAGGAAGUUUGAACCUGUUUAAUAUAGAGGGAUACUUAACAUUUGAUAUGAUUCCAAAGAAUGGAAACUACUUUAUAUCUGUGUUAGACAAGCGUAUACACAGAAACAUCACAAGUGGUAAAGUUAUGACAGCCUUUAACAACCCACUGACAAAUACAACGGUUCAAAUCCCAAAUGCUUCAGUGCAGAGAAAUCUUACCAUUUUGUCGGAUGACGCCCUCAGUAUGCAGGUUCCAGGUGCCAAUACACUUGGCCUUUUAAUGACUCACUCAGAAAGCAUCACAUUCGGACCUUCCGUGGAAAAUGAACGGUGGUCGGUGACAAAUAUUCAAGGAAUUUUCCCAGAGAGAUUCAUAAAUGAGAAACAGGCUUUCUUUUAUGGGACCAUCUCUCAAUUCUCAAGCUGGCCAUUGUGGAUGAAGAUGAACAACACACCAGGCAACCUUGUCACCAAGUUUACAUUUGGACGUGUUUGUAGUCAUCAUUGAACUCAUUCAGUUUUAUAGUAUAGAAAGCAAUAUCAUGAAUAAAAAAUUAUCAAUUAAUUGAA